AUGACCAUUGACCAUUUUCACAACAUAUCCCGAUAUGAACCCCAUACGAACGCCACUUUCCAACAGCACUACUGGGUCGAUAUAAGCAAUUACGUUCCAGGAGGCCCAGUGAUCAUCCAUGCCAUAGGUGAAUAUAGCCCCGAGUAUGGCCUUGAAUGGCGCCAAAAGGGAAUGCUCCGCGAAAUCGCCAAUGCUACUGGUGGUUGUCGCCGUUCUUUGGGGCCAAAGGUAUAUAGACUCGUUCUUUUUUCAGCACAAAGCCAUGAUCCUAAUUGUUCACGUAGAUACUACUCUGGCGGCUACGAUAUCGUCCCAGAUCAUCGAUCUACUACAGAAAACCUUCGCUUCCACAGCACCGAGCAAGCCUUAGCAGACCUCGCGUACUUCGCUCAGAGAGCCACAUUCUGGGGCCUGGAAGACAGGGACCUCGCGGCACUCCCUGGAUCAUCUUUGGUGGCUCCUACGGCGGCGUGA